AUGACAAUUCGCUCGAUUGUCUGCCCAUCGAUUCUGAAUGCCGAUUUGGCUUCUUUGGCCUCGGAAUGCAAGAAAUUGCUAGCCGCCGGCGCUGAUUGGUUCGUUUUGAAGACAUUUAUCCAGAAAAAAACAAACUUCAACUUCGAAAAAUUCAAGUUGCAUUUUAUUAUUUUUUUGUUUGAAUUUGUUGAGCUUUUUUUAAAGAUCUUUAAAAAGUAAUUCCGCGAAUUUCAGAAUAGCCACCAGAGAGUGAAAAAUAUAACUGCAUUUAAGUGAGAUAAAAAUGUAUAAUUACAUGAAAAAAAUAUUUUUUUAACGUGAAAUGUGCGAGAGCGCCGAGGUGCAUGCACAUGACACACUACAUACGCAAAAAUAUGGGCGGACCAUCGCCAAAAAACGCCGUGAAGAGAAAACUGAUUAUUAAAAAAAAAAUGGGAAAAAUAAGAAAUAAACGAACUUUUGGAUUUAUCGACUCAAGAAAAUUUGUUCAUUCGGAUUUUUGAUAGGGAAAAAUGCGCUUUUACACGGAUAAUGUUUUCUGUUACGCUAGAAAAAGUUUAUUUAUUCAAUUUUUUUUAAAUGAAUUAUUUUCUGAAUUUCUUGACUUACCAGUUGAAGAUUGUUCAAGUUUGAACCUGUAAAACUCAUAAUUUACUAAGAAAAGUAUAACCGCGCAAGGCUUCACCGGGCCUUGACGUGUUAUUUAGAUGUGUGUAGAACCGACAUUGCUCUUGGAUCUUUAUUAGAGCAACUCAGCACCGCCAGUUGGUAUGCGUGCUGAGCGCAAGAGUGACAAUACAAGUAGGCGGCGUGCCAUUGGCACGCCUACAUGAUAGUACAUAUGGCAUUGAGGUCAGGUCAACUAGCGUCCUGUCACAAAAGGAAGGAAAAAGUAAAAAUAUCAAAAUAGCCUUUUUUUUCAUUGUCAUCAAAUUUCACAAGUUGCUUCUCUGAAACUGUAAAUUGGCUUGGUUAAGAUUUUGUGAACUUGAUAUAUCAAAAUAAACUUCCAACAAGUUCCAUCCGAUUUUCCCGUUUCAAUGAAGUUCGUCGCUCAAGCUCCGCCCCUAAUGGUGGGAUAAACCAAUCAGAGAGCGUUUUUGAAUGACGUCAUUGCACUUGACAUUCAAAAUCUGAACAGAAUAUAGAAGCAAGGAACCGUUUCAGGCUACAUCUGGACGUGAUGGACGGCCAUUUCGUGCCCAACUUGACCUUUGGCCAUCCCGUCGUCGAAUCUUUGAGAAAAUCUCUCGGGAAAGAGCCUUUUUUCGACGUUCAUCUCAUGGUUUGUCGAUAUUCCUCCGAAGAAUCUUAUUGGAAAGUUGGAAUUUGAAAAUAGUCACUUGAAAAGCCAUUUCGUUUGCUAUCAUUACUAGCACUUAUAGCUGGUUCACGACUGGCUUGAGCUUUCGAAAAAUGGGUCCUGAAACGAAAAAGAAAAGAAAUAGUGUCUGGUUGGUGGAGAGCGCAGACAGGUCACGCCCAGCGUCCCGAGCCAGCCGUGAGUCGGUUAUCGAAACGCCAGAGUGGCCACUUUAGGGGUGGAAAAAUGAUCCCCAGAAUCCUUCAUGGGAGCCUAAGUUUGCCCCUCUAGGAAUAGAAAUUAAGUUUUCAAAGAUUAAUCUGUUUAUUCGGAUGCUUUUCUAUAGCCAAUCCCGCGUCAGGCUGCCUUCUUUUGUGAAAAAAACUUUUUUUCGCUUUCAAAAACGGGUCUAUAUCUUUGGACCAAGUGGAAAAUUAAAAAAAUUAGUAACUGGACGAAAAAAAUAGAAAUAAGGAUUUUUUUGGACCAUGAAGGUCUAAGAUGACCCAAAUUUGGAUUCUUAACCGGAAUGAUUAUUGAAAACACAAAAAUUGACUUAAACUCUUAGUUUUUAAGGACAAAUUUGAUAUUUCUUAACUGUAAAUAACAUGAAAAACACAUAAAUUGACGUUUGGGAAAAUUUUCUGUGAAAAUACCUAUUUUGAGGUGGCGAACCCGAUGUUUUGGGUGGAGCCGAUGGCAAAGGCCGGCGCCUCGCAGUUCACCUUCCAUUAUGAAGCGGCUUCGGAACGGGGUGGUGAUGAAUCUGUCAGGGAAAUCAUCCUUUUGGUGGGUUCUUCAUCAGAAAAUUGAAGGAAAGUUGUAGGAAAAUUUUUAAAAAAAAGCUUAGAUCAGAUUACAACAUUUUCCGGUUUCUCUUUUUGCUCAAAAUGAAAUCAAGCUCGUCAUUUUUGAUGAUCUCAUUUGAGACUUGAGUGUUGUGAAAAAAAAAGUAAGAGGAAAACUGAAUUAUAUUGACUUGUCACAGAAAAUGUCACCUUACUGUAAAAACCCUUCUGUAAUCGUGCCAGGACCAGUUCAUCAAAAAACGUGAUUUUUUUGGCUUUCGGAAGUUUCGAUUUUUUCUCCUCAAGACCAUUCAGCUCUGCGCCUUGAACUAUAUAAUAUUUGAAGGCCCAAAAACUUGGAAUGAAGGCUGGAAUGUCGGUGAAACCCAACACUUCUGUUGAUCAUAUAGUUCGGUUGGUUUUUAAUUAAUGAAAAAUCGAAAAAUAAAUUUAAAGAUUCGCCCCGAUGCUUGACAAUGCGUUGAUAAUGACCGUUGAGCCGGGUUUCGGAGGCCAAAAAUUCAUGGAAAAUCAGAUGGAUAAGGUUUUUUUGUGUUAAAAUAUUUUUGAAGAAAGAAAUUUUAGGUGAAAAGUCUGCGUUCUAAAUUCCCGAAUCUCAAUGUUCAAGUGGACGGCGGGAUCACCCCGGAUAAUAUUGAGGUUUUUUUUUUUGAAAUUCCACUACUUUCAACCUUUUUUUUGAUCAAGUAUUAUUAUUAUUAACUUGUUUUGAAUGCUCAAAAUUAGGUUUGAAAAAAACCAGAUUUUUUUUUCUCGUCGCCUUGUAACAGCAUAGCAACCGUUGCGUAGCGACUUUACAAAGUUGCCGCGAAAAAAAAAAUCGUUGAGGGCUUUGAGAUAAUUUGUAAGUCAUAUGACAUUGAGUUACCCCGUUUUUUUGGUUGAGUUACAGGAUUUAUUUAAUUUUGCUCUGAGAAACAGUUCUUUGAAGCGUCUCUCGAAGCGAAAGCGCAAAAUAAUCUGGGGUUACGGUAUUUUUUUGAGUUUGAGAAAAGUUACAGUGCAGAAUUCAUUGCCUAGCCAAUUCUGUGGGGAAUUUCCAAAAAUUCUGAUUUUUCAAGACCGUGUACCUAAUCAACCAGAAUUCGCUUCGAGACCGCUUCUAAAAAUAGCUGAGGUUACGGUAUUUUCCUGUAUCAAAAAUUUAGCCGUCUAGCGAAGUAAAGCAGCUGUGUAUGAUAAAUUCUUUGAUUUUAGUUCUUUUUUUCAAUUUUUCAAAGUUUUUCUUCAAAUCAAUUUACUACAUGAGCGGCUGUAUUCGAAAAUUCCUCAAUAAUUUUUUUCAAUUUUUCACGUUUUUCUUGAAUUCAAUUCGCCAAGAUUAUCCCUAACAACUCAAAAAUAACAAGAGUAAAGAAACAUUCUCUGAGAAAAAAAUAAAAUUUUUGAAGAUUGCCGCCAAAGCCGGAGCCAACGCAGUAGUCUCUGGAACCGGAAUAAUCAAGGCGCCGUGCCAAAAAGAAGCCAUCACGAAAAUCCGACAAGCUCUUGAUAACGCUAUCAAAAAGCGCUGCUGA